AUGGAGGCAAUCCUGUCACACCUGGCCUUAAGCUGUGCUCUACUUCUGUCCACUCUUGCUGUCAUCCGCUGGUACAUCAGAGAUUCCUACAAGGUUGAUGGCUUCAGCCAGAAGCAUGUAUUCAUCACAGGCUGUGACAGCGGCUUUGGGAAUCUGCUGGCCAGGCAGCUGGAUAGAAAAGGCUUCCACGUCAUGGCUGCAUGUCUCACAGAGAAAGGUGCAACAGAUUUGGCAACAGCGGCCUCCCCCAGACUGAAGACUCUCAUGCUGAAUGUUACAGACAGUGCGACUAUCAGGAGGGCGGUGGAGUUUGUGAGCAAAGAAGUCGGAGAGCGAGGUCUGUGGGGUCUGGUGAAUAAUGCCGGCAGGUCCGUCCCCAUCGGUCCAACAGACUGGAUGCAGUUAGAGGAUUUCACAAAGGUUUUAGAUGUGAAUCUGAUUGGAGUUAUUGAGGUGACCCUCCAGUUUCUGCCUCUGCUGAAAAAGGCCCACGGCAGGGUGGUAAAUACGGCCAGUAUUUUGGGCAGACUGUCUCUCACUGGUGGAGGGUACUGCCUGUCCAAAUGGGGAGUGGAAGCCUUCUCCGACAGCCUCAGGAGGGACAUGCAGCACUUUGGCAUCAAAGUGAGCAUUAUUGAGCCGGGUUUCUUCAAGACAGGUGUCACCAGACUAGAUCUUAUUGAAGCUGACCAGAAGAGACUGUGGACCCGUCUCCCUCAAGAUGUCAAAGACUCCUAUGGAGACACAUACUUGGAUGACUAUGUGAAAGCUCAGGAAUUCUCUAUGGGCAUCUUGUGCAGUCCAGAUAUCUCUAAGGUGACCAGGUGUAUGGAGCACGCACUGACCGCUCGCUUCCCACGCACACGUUAUGGCGCAGGCUGGGAUGCCAAGUUUUUUUGGAUUCCUCUGUCCUACCUCCCUUCUUUUGUGUCAGACUUUGUUAUCAAUGCGCUUCUUCCUUUACCUAAGGAUAAAAGACAUGUCUAA